GUGAGGCGGCGCUGCCCAGAGCGUCCAACCAGGAGACGCCGCCAUCCUACGACUCUAGACGAGACAGCGUUCAGGAGACGCCCGCCGCCGGCGACUCGAACCGACUGACCUCCGCCGUCAUCAAAGUGGAGGACGACGAGUGCUGGAGCCAGUCUGAGCGGAGCGAAGAGUUUUGUUGCGUUGCCGAGGGACCGACGACUGCGACAGAAGCUCCGCCCCCAACGACCAAACAGGAAGCAGCGGACGAUGGCGGCGGUUCGACUCGGUCAUGGAUGAGCGGGGAAGUCAGCUCCACCUCCACGUCCGUCCAACCGACCCUGAACGCCGUCCAGAGGUCGGAAACCGGCGGCUACGACCAUCUGAUGUACGAGCCGCAGCUGCUCGGUACCCAGAAUGCUUUGGGUGAGGAUCCCGGCUGCUCGUACGCAUUGAACGCCGGCGUUUCAGCCGAUUCGGGCAGCGGCAGCUUCCCGUUCGCAGUCGGGGAGGUGACUCAGUCUGCAGGUUUCCAGAGCAACCAGCAGAGGGCGCCGCCGCCCGUGGACGAGCCGCAGCUUCCUGCGAGGAAAGAGGCGACAGAGCGGCAAAACGCCUUCAUCAGGAGGGAGCGGUGGAGACACCAGGACGGCGUCAACGGGGCGUCCAGCCACAGCCGGGAGGACGGCGGCGGGAAGACGUUCGCGUGCAACUUCUGCGGUAAAACGUUGGCGUGCCUCAAGAACCUGAAGACGCACAUGAGGGUCCACACGGGCGAGAAGCCGUUCAUCUGCGCGCUCUGCGGCAAACGCUUCUCCGACUCCAGCAACCUGAAACGCCACCAGAGCGUCCACACCGGCGAGAAACGCUACGGCUGCGUCCACUGCGGGAAGCGCUUCGCCCAGUCGGGGUCGCUGAAGGUCCACAUGACGGUGCACACGGACUGCAAACAGUUCAGGUGCUCGUACUGCGGAAAGACCUUCAUCUCCGGGAGCCACCUGCGGCGCCACGUCACCGUGCACGCCGCGGAGAGACGCUUCGCUCCGCCGCUCCAGUGACGGAUUCGGUCAGAGGUCGGAAACGGUACAGAGGCUAACCGCAGUAACCACGGUGACGACGAGAGAAAUGGUUUCCGACUGCAGUUUGUGUUUAUUAAAUAAAUAAUAAGAUUUAAUAAUUAUUAAAGUUGUCUCGAAGUAAAUUUGAUGGUUUUUAAAAUUAUGAGCAAUUGUUUGACCCCUAAAAUGUAUUUAUAUUAAUAUAAAUCUAAAUAAUGUUUAUGUCUUAUUGCAUCAAAUCUGUAUUUCUGAUGAAUUAUUAAGAAUUUAAAUUAUUUAAAUUGUUUAAAACAUGAAUUUUAAUUAGCUCAGUGACACCAGGUCCUGUCUAAUAUCCACAUAUAUAUAUUAUUAUUGUGCUAACGAGACAUUUUUACCUUGUUUCUCUCUAAGAUAAAGGGAGACAGCAAAUAAAAGAUCACAAGAUAAAACAGAUAUUUAAAAGUUAAUUUAAUUGUAUUAAAUUGUUCCUGCGGUUUGUCUCUGUACGAUACAAAGACUGUCGACAACCAUCGCUCUAACUGAACAACUGUUGAGUACUUUAAGUUUUACAAUAAUUAAAAUAAAGUCAGUUCAGUAUUAAUAGUAAACGUUGUUAUUAUUAUUGUUAUUAUUAUUAUUAUUAUUAUUGUUAUUAUUAUUAUUAUUAUUAUUAUUAGUUGUUUCUGUCGCCUCCGUUGUGAUUCUGCAUGUUUGUGUCUGUUCACUUGUGUUUUUAUACCAUCACGUCUUUUUAUAAUAAAAUCAA